GGCCUUAUUGUCUAAUAUAGGUAGCUUUCACAUUUUUAUAAUCAUACGCAUCUGAUCUACCAGUUUAUUCAACAUAGGCAUCUGGUACCCUUCUUUAAUUUGCUUAUAUAACCAUUUCCAACCCCUCAAAUUGUAAGCAAUCUGAUUUCCAUAAUCCAAAAUUCACCACCUCUAGGAUGGAUCUCACUUCUAGUGUAGGAAAUAAACUUGUUCCAGGAGAUGAAUUGGGCUAUGACAGAGCCAAGGAAGUGAAGGAGUUUGAUGAAACAAAAGCUGGAGUUAAAGGACUAGUAGACUCUGGAGUGACCAAGGUCCCAAGGUUCCUCAUCCAUCCACCAGAGAGCCUUCCAAAUCCAAUGCUAUCACCAGCCACUACCCACUUCCAAGUUCCAGUGAUUGAUCUCCAAGGCUUUGAACAAAGUUUCCAGAGGAUGGAAAUCGCUGAUCAAAUACGUAAAGCAUCAGAAACAUGGGGCUUCUUUCAGAUGAUUAAUCAUGGAAUUCCAGUUAGUGUUAUAGACAACAUGUUAGAAGCUGUGCGACAAUUCCAUGAGCAACCAAAGGAAAAGAAGAUGGAGUGGUACUCGCGUGAUCAAAAGCAACGAGUUAAGUAUUACUGCAAUGGUGAUCUCUUAGUGUCCAAAGCAGCAAAUUGGAGGGAUUCAAUUGCAUUUGAUUUCCGAGAUGGUCCCUUAAACCCUGCAGCACUUCCCCUAGUAUGCAGGGAGGUUGUAAGUGGAUAUAUGAAACACGUGAUUGAACUAAGAAAAGCACUAUCAGAAUUACUAUCAGAGGCUUUGGGGCUUAACACUGACCACCUAGAAAACAUAGAAUGCAUGAAAACUGAAACAUUGGUAUGCCACUAUUACCCAGCUUGUCCUGAACCAGACUUGACCCUUGGCACAACAAAGCAUUCGGACCCAGCCUCUCUAACUAUACUCUUACAAGACAGUAUUGGUGGCCUCCAAGUCCUCCAUCAAAAUCACUGGAUUGACGUCCCACCAGUGCACGGAGCACUAGUAGCCAACAUUGGUGACUUUAUGCAGCUAAUCACCAACGACAAGUUCAAAAGCGUGGAGCAUAGGGUACUGGCUAGACGUAUUGGGCCCAGGGUUUCAGUUGCAUGCUUUUUAUAUCCAAGUGCUACACAAAAAUUAAAAGCAUAUGGGCCAAUAAAGGAGUUUCUAUCUGACAACAACCCACCCAUAUACAGGGAAACCCAUAUUAGUGAAUACCUUGCUUACUACAGAUCAAAGGGACUUGAUGGCAACUCAGCCCUUCCUCAUUUUAAACUCACAUAUAGCAAUAAAAUGCAAGUUUAAGCAACCGCAACAUUUUCAAUUUUACUUUGAGGAAUUCUCUAAACCAAUCUGUAUUGAAGUUAAUAAAUCUUUGCAUUAUUGUUAACUUCUAUCUUUGUUUCA